AUGGAUGAGCUAUUUGCUAUUUAUGAAGCUGUAUAUCCAUAUUUCCCCCAAGAUCACAGCCAUGAUGAUAGUCACAUGACUAUCAGAAAGGGUGAUAGGAUUAAAGUCAGCAUACCAAACAGCAAGUUUGAUUUAUCCGAACAAGACUGGUUAAACGGAUCUAACCUAGCAAGUGGAUCUCGUGGUUUUUUCCCUGCAAGUUAUGUGAAGUAUAUUGAGACUCAAGGCAAUCAACAAGCAAGGCCACCUCGACCUCAUCGUUGGGUAGAAUCAUAUGUUAGUAGACCAGUAUUGUGUCAUCAUUGUGGUGACUAUAUAUGGAGUUUACGAGAUAAAAUAAAAGAGUGUGAAGGUUGUGGGAAAUGUUAUCAUAAUAUUUGUUUUUCCCUAAUUGGAAAUUCACAAUGUACAACAUAUGAUGGAUUAACAAAACCUGAAGUAUAUCUGCAUCCUGUAUCAGUAGAAAAUUGGACAGUGAAAAAUGUUAUUGAGUGGAUGGCAGCAUUAAAUUUAUAUAGAUACAUUGAAACAUUUCGAGAAGCCAAUAUUUGUGGAGAGCAAUUAAGGGAAAUGGAUGAAGAGAAACUUAGGGAAAUGGGAAUAAAAGAUGAAUUCCAUCAGAAAUCUAUUUUAGUCUGCAUCGAUGAAUUGUGUGGUCAAAAUACUGAAAGUCAACCUUAUGCUGCUAGACUUCCACCUGUAAUCAGUAUAGAUAUGGAAGCGUCUGGUUGUUCAGAACAUAGAUUUGCUGAGUAUAACUUCUCGUCAAUGCAAAGAUGUCAUCUUUGUGAUAAAUUUUUAUAUGGUUUGGUACACCAAGGUCUUCAAUGUCGAGAAUGUGGUUUGUGCUGUCAUAGAUUUUGUUCUACUUCUCAACCAACAGAAUGCAAUGUACCUAAACUAGAACGAAUACGUAGACCAAGUUUUUCACAUAAUUCAGUAUUCGGUCAAGAUUUACCAGAUGAAGUCAACAAAAGUCAAAAAGAUGCCCCAGACGUUUUACAUGUUUUUGUACAAGAAAUUGAACAGUGGUGUCAAGAACAUAGUACAGAAGCUUUAAGUGUAUAUAGAAUAUCGUGUAAAGCAGAAGAAAUAAACCAAGUUAAAAAAAUAUUUUGUCAAGAAGGAGACACAAGCAAAGUGAACCUAUCAUCAUUUAGCGUCCACUGUGUAGCUGGAGCUUUAAAGAAAUAUUUAAGAGAAUUACCAAAUCCAGUAUUACCUGUAGAAAUGUAUAAUAUGUUUAUACAUACAGCCAAGAGCAAAUCGUCAACGUUAAAAUCAUUAUCAGACCUUAUAGAAGAAUUACCACCAGCACAUAAAAGCACAUUGCAGUUUCUUAUGGCUCAUUUUUGUCGGUUAUGGAAAAUCCAAAAUGAAUCAGGGGUAUCAGACGGCCUAGAUAAAUUAUCACAUGUGUUUUGUCAUAUUUUACUCCGACCGCCAUGGGAAAGAAUCAUUGAAAUAGUUGAUAAUACCAAAUUACACAUAGAUAUAUUUGAAGAGUUGAUGAGAAAUGGAAAUUGGGGAGAAGAUAUACCACCUAUACCUACAUCAGUCCCUCCUACAUUACCUCCUA